AUGCGGGGUUUUAAUGCUUUGCCUAACCAGUUUACGAUUCCCAUUGUUGUUUCUGCUUGUGCUGAGCUUGGAUUGAUUUCUUAUGGCAAAAGGAUUCAUGGGUUAGUCUCAAAAUUGAAUCUUUUUCACGGUAAUAAUGCUGCUGUUGGAUCAUCUUUGGUUUAUAUGUACUCGAAAUGCGGGUUUAUGGAGCAUGCUGCUGAUGUGUUUGAUGAAAUUACUGUGAGAGAUGUGGUUUCUUGGACUGCAAUUGUAAAAGGGUAUGUGGAAAAUGGGGAGAGUGAGAAGGGGUUGGAGUAUCUUUGUUUGAUGCAUAAGAAUGGUGAGAGUGAGGUGAGGCCGAAUUUUCGGACGUUGGAGGGAGGAUUUCAAGCUUGUGGAAAUUUAGGUGCAUUGGUAGAAGGGAAAUGCUUGCAUGGGCUGACAGUUAAGUCUGGUUUUUGUAGUCAUCAAGUUGUUCAGUGUUCUGUUCUGUCAAUGUACUCGAAAUGUGGGUCGGUUGAAGAAACAUAUUGUUCGUUUUGUGAGGUUGAUGAGAAGGACUUGUUUUCCUGGACAUCGAUAAUUGCUAAUUAUGCAAAGUUUGAGUGUAUAGGUGAGUGCAUUAAUAUUUUUCUGAAAAUGCAGGCCAGUGGGAUAAUUCCAGAUGGGAUGGUAAUUAGUUGUGUGCUUUCUGGUCUAGGUAAUGCCUUGAGGACUUUUGAAGCUAAGGCUUUCCAUGGAUUCAUCUUGAGAAGAAACUAUGUUGACGAUCACAUGGUCUGUAAUGCAUUAUUGGCCAUGUAUUGUAAGCUUAGACUCUUGAAUUUGGCAGAGAAGAUACUUGAUGGAGGAAUUGGACAAACCACAGAAGCCUGGAAUAUGAUGGUUGUUGGCUAUUUCAAGGCUGGGUUAGAAGGCAAGUGCAUUAAUUUAUUCAGAGAAAUGCAACACUUGGGAAUUGAAUGUGAUGUCAACAGCUUGAUAUCUGUAAUUUCUUCUUGCUCCCGGUUGGAAGAAUUCCAUUUAGGCCUGUCUGUGCAUUGCCAUGUAAUUAAAAAUCUGAUGCUUGAAAAUAUUUCCGUUGCCAAUUCUCUAAUAGAUAUGUAUGGAAGAAGCAAGAAUCUGACUUUAUCAUGGAGAGUCUUUUGUACUAUGGCUGAUAAGGAUGUUGUCACUUGGAAUACAAUGAUGACUUCCUAUAUUAGUUGUGGAAAAAUUACAGAGGCCUUCGGCCUUUUUGAUAAAAUGAUUGCAGAAAGCUACAAGCCUACUAUUGCAACGCUGCUGAUUUUGCUCUCUGCUUGUUCUCAAGUUUCGUCCUUGGAUAAAGGAGAGAAAGUUCAUGAAUACAUCAAGGAAGUUGGGUUUGAAAAGAAUACUUUGCUUGCUACUGCUUUGACUGAUAUGUACGCGAAAUGCGGACAGCUAACAAGAUCCAGAGAAAUAUUUGAUUCAAUGGAUAAGAAAGAUGUCAUCUCUUGGAACGUACUGAUCUCAGGCUAUGCUAUGUAUGGAGAAGCAAAAUCUGGUAUAGAAUUUUUCAAACAGAUGGAACAGUCAGAAAAUAAGCCAAAUGAACUGACUUUUCUUGCUGUUCUCUCAGCUUGCGCUCAUGCAGGGUUGGUCGAAGAAGGAAAGUCCAUAUUUAGCAGAAUGAAAGAUUAUUCUUUGAUGCCAACCCUGAAGCACUACGCUUGUAUGGCUGAUCUUUUAGGUCGUUCUGGUAAUUUGGAUGAUGCUGAAGCUUUGGUUUUGUCCAUGCCAAUUGCUCCUGAUUCAGCUAUCUGGGGUUCUUUACUAAGUUCUUGUAAAAUUCACUCUCAGGUUGAGAAGGGUAUAAGAAUUGCAAAACAUGCUAUUGAAUCUGAUCCAGAAAAUGAUGGGUACUAUGUAGCAAUUUCUGACCUAUAUAGUUCUGUAGGAAAGUGGGAAGAGGUUGAAAUGGUGAGGAAAAUAAUGAAGCAACGAAAAGUGAGGAAAGAAGUUGGCUGGAGUACAGUAUAA